GGGUCAUGGAGUUGAAGCCAUGCUCACUGUGUGCUGUGCUGUGCGCAUGCCUGCCUGCCUGCCUAUCCGGUACUCACCACCAGCACAAUCCUGACCCAACCCAACCCAUCCCACCCAACUGAACUCACCUCACCCCAACCUCUGUAACCUUCCGAACCAUGAUGAAGGGACCUUUGUAGUAAACUGUCACCGAGCUAGCUCGUAUACUCUGGAAGGCAUAUGCUCCCAUCGACUUUACACAGUUGGAGGCCUGGGAUUAGAACGGGCAUUGGACGAAGGACGUAACGCCCAUGUCAACAUUCGAGCUUUUGACGAUUACGUUUCGUCACGCAUCGCACCGAGUGUGAACCUUGGAGCAUGUAGCAGAGUGUGAACAUGAUAAUCGCCUUUCGAUGUUCUUGCGCGUAUAUCAUGCCGGAGACAUAAGCUAGAUGAUCUCUAAGAGCAUCAUCAGAACCUAUACGAAUAUGAGGAUGAACUGGUAACCUGUAAACAUGUUCAGACCAUGGACUGGGUGAGGAAGAGACUGAGGGAGGACUCUGACUCCCACGCGAUCUCGCCCGAGAAAGUUUUCUGUCGAUACGACAGAAAUGAACAGGACUGCUGCUGCUGCUAGUACAAUUUUUGGUAGAUGGUGGUGGAUGAUUGGGUGAUUGCCAAUUCGUAUCCACGGAUCCAUUGUUUAUGAACAGAUGUUUUGAACUGUGCAGAACUGACCUCUGUCUCAGAAACUGUGAUUGAGCAGAAUACAGAUUCUUCUGCUGCCUGCAGGAUUUCCUGCAGAUGGUUGAGAUGGGAUUUCCGAUGACAUUGAUCUUUCACAAGUGUGCAGGCCGGCCUGCCGGGACGAGCGGUUCUUCUAUUUCACACCCGUUUCAGGGGAAACGAGCAAAGACAAAUCUCACAACCUUAAAGGCAGCUCGUUCGAGCCUCCUGUUUGGGGCUCAUGUGUAGGAACACAUGAGCCCCAAUCGAAACAAAAGAAAACAAAUCCUUGCGGAUUGGCACCUGUAGCAAGUUCAUAAUGAGUCUACCAAAGUAAGCUAGCAAACCUGUGGUGAUUAGGUCAUCCAAAAGUGUGGGUCAAUCUAUGUUUCAACACACGAUUUUGCGCAAACGUUUAUUGCUCGAAUGCGUCGGAUGGACGUCAUCUUUCCAGCUCUUUAGACGAGCACGGGUUUUGAGUUUGUUAAAGCCCAACAAAUUCGAGGAGAGAUGAAAUGCAACAGUGGAGCAGGCCCGUUCCACCCCUCCUCAGACAUCACUGCUGAUCGUGAUGGGAAGCAUUUGGAUAGGCUAAUCUCAGGAGCGAAGGAGCUGUAUAUUAGAACAGUAACAGUGAUGAAGCUCCCGGCCUGCCGCAAUAGUGGAUGUGGAUGCAGAUCAUGAGCAGUCCUGCUUAGCUGUUGCACAUUGAGGAAACUGCGUGCUUUACCAUUCUUUUUAUCCGUGGCCAUGCCAUGCGCUAGCAUGGUUGCUUGAUUUGUUCUUGCUCUCCGUGCUUUUUCUGUCUCGAACUCAGCUGCCGCCUAAAGCUUUGGCCUCUUGUGGUAGAAAACUCCCCCAACAUGUUGCUGUUGCUUUCUCUUCAACUCUGGCUAAAAUUGGCAAACUUCGGUCGUAAAUUUUGUUGGACCACAAGCUCUGUUAUCAGCUUCUCUGUUUACCAAACUGUCCAGACUCGCGGAGAACUUGUGGACAACAAGAGCAGUUGCAAGCUGUACUUCUCUUUCCACCUUGUGCUAUGCGAAACAAGUGGUUGAGGGAAACCGGUCAGUAACAAGCUCCAUGUCGCAAUCAGCACAAAAAUACAACUUGUGGAGGAGGAAGAGUCUGGAGGUUGCCCUUUCCUUUCAUGUCUGCUACGUUCAAGGGCCGCAUCGCAUCGUAUCAACAACACCGGUCGAUAAUUUCUCCUUUAUACUGGAGGAUGAUGCCGAUUACAGUGGGAGAACAACAUUGUGAACACCCACUCCAAUCGCCGUCUGAAUCUCUGCGAAACUGGUGGAGGGCAAAGGAUAACACAAACAAGGUCUACGAAGAGGCCAGACGAAGAAGACAUGCAGAAAUUAUCCUUGUGGAGGACAAUGCAAUGAGAGCAAUCCUAAUCCUUUCCAGCCAGAGUGUUCCUUAGACCAGAGCAAGGCAUAAACGGUUGAUGCCUGCGAUUGCACCUGAUUUUGUGGAAUUUUCUCACGAAUAUUGAGGCCAUGUUGUACACUCUGCCUUGAUCUCUGGAUAUAUUUGCACCUCAUGGAUUUUUGUAUUCAGUGGCGGAGGAAAGCACAUACUACACACAAGAUCCAAGAUCAAGUGAGCAUCCUACCGGGGAAAAUGCAGCAUUGACCUUCCGGAGGAGAAGUAGUAGUAGCAUGCUCAUUUCAAUACGGAUUUUCUGUUUUAAACUACUACUUUAUCAUUUCUGCUCAUCUUCUGGAAGUAGAUCUUCACCCUGGCCUAUAUUCGAUGUUACAUUCAUCAGAGUAUUAUCCGCAGCAUGUGCGAAAAGCCUUAUGCAAAGUAGAAAUUUUACUUCGAGAGAUGAAACGUUCCAUUGCCGAACUAUAAAGUCAAGUCCGAGCGUGAACCCCAGUAAAUGCAUAGCCAGGAAGGAUUGCAAUAUAAGGGAGAUAUUUUUGUCAUAAAGAGAGGAAAAAGUGGUAAAACAAGUUCCGCUAAGAACAAAAGAAUGGCGAGUUUUCCUGGCCUGCGCUAGAACAGUCGUUUGGAUUUUUGGCAAGAGUUUGGUUCGUUAUUGAAUACACUGGAUUGAGUUAUCUCUCAAGCUUCAAGGAUCAGCAGAAUAUUAUCUCUAAUAACAUAGACUUAUAAAAUAAUUUGAACU